AAGUGAAAGGAUACAAUGUAGUCAGACUGCCAGACUCCAUUUUACACUCGACAAGCUGCUUGAGGCAUGGGUUACUGGUUUACCUCUCAGACUUGAGAAGAUGAGUGAAUUAGAAGAUGAGGACAGAUCAAAGUCUCCAGUCUCCAGCUGUCCCUCCAUUAAGAGUGACUGGUCUAAAGAUGAACCUCCAUUCUUCAGUAUUCAACCUUCACCCUCAGACACAAAACAGAGAUCAGAGUCUCCAGCACCCAGCUGUCUGUCUGUGAAGAGUGACUGGUCCAAGGGCAAAAUCUUAAACUUCAGUGAUGAACCUGGACCCUCACACACAAAACAAAGAGCAGAGUCUCCAGCACCCAGCUGUCUGUCUGUGAAGAGUGACUGGUCCAAGGGCAAAAUCUUAAACUUCAGUGAUGAACCUGGACCCUCACACACAAAACAGAGAUCAGAGUCUCCAGCACCCAGCUGUCUGUCUGUGAGGAGUGACUGGUCCAAGGGCAAAAUCUUAAACUUCAGUAAUGAACGUGGACCCUCACGCACAAAAGAGAAGAAGAGGACUCAUGUUUCGGUAGAGGGGCAGCUGUCCUGCUGUGCUUUGGGUCAGGAUGUUCUGAAGGAUCCAGUCUCUUCCAGGUGUGGACACUUGUUCUGCACACAGUGCAUCACCUCAUACUGGGACCAGUCUGCUUCAUCAGGAGACUCCUCCUGUCCCCAGUGUGGAAAAAGAUCCAGAACAACAGAUCAUGGUCUGCAAGAGGUUGUAGUUGAACAUAAGAUCAGUCAGAAGACGAGUUUUGAACGUGUGACUGAAGGAACUGAUGACACAGGAAGGGAAACCCUCCUCAACAGGAUCUACACUGAGGUCUACAUCACAAAGAAACAGAGUGAAGAGGUCAAUACCCAACAUGAGGUUUGGCAGCUUGAGACAGCUUCCAAGAAGAAGAGCCUUCACAGCCCUCCAAUCAAGUGCCAUGACAUCUUUAAAGCCUUACCUUACCAACAGAAACACAUCAGAGUCGUCCUGACGAGUGGCGUCGCUGGCGUUGGAAAAACCUUCUUAGUGCAGAAGUUCAUUCUGGACUGGGCAGAGAGUUUGGAAAACCAAGAUGUCAGUCUGGUGAUUCCGCUUUCAUUCAGGGAGCUGAACUUAGUCAGAGAUGAGCUGUUCAGUCUUCUUGAGCUGCUUCAUGUUUUCCAUCCAACAUUACAGAAGGUCACCGCAGAGCAGCUCGCUGACUCUAAAGUUCUGUUCAUCUUUGACGGCCUGGAUGAAAGCAGACUUUCACUGGAUUUCCUCAACAAUGAGGUUGUGUCUGAUGUCAAACAGAAGUCACCAGUCAACAAACAGUUGACAAACCUCAUCGAGGGGAAGCUGCUCCCCUCGUCUCUCGUCUGGAUAACUUCCAGACCGGCAGCAGCCAAUCAGAUCCCUCCUGCAUGUGUUGACAGGGUAACAGAAGUACGAGGCUUCACUGAUGCCCAGAAGGAGGAGUACUUCAGAAAGAGAGUCAGUGAUGAAGAGCUGUUCAGCAGAAUCAUCUCCCACAUCAAGACAUCCAGGAGCCUCCACAUCAUGUGUCUGAUCCCAGUCUUCUGCUGGAUCACUGCUACAGUUCUGGACCACAUGUUGACUACAGACCAGAGAGGAGAAUUACCCAAGACCCUAACUGACAUGUACUCACACUUCCUGCUGGUUCAGACAAAGAGGAAGAAGCACAAGUAUGAUGAGGGACAUGAGACGAGUCCACAGGAGCUGACGGAGGCUGACAGGGAAGUUCUUCUGAAGCUGGGGAGACUGGCGUUUGAACAGCUGGAGAAAGGAAACAUCAUGUUCUACCAAGAAGACCUGGAUCGGUGUGGUCUUGAUGUCACAGAGGCCUCUGUAUUCUCAGGAGUUUGUACAGAGAUCUUCAAAAAAGAGAGUGUGAUCUUUCAGAAAACAGUCUACUGCUUCAUUCAUCUAAGCGUUCAGGAGUUUCUGGCUGCAGUCUACCUGUUCCACUGUUACACCAACAGGAAAACAGAUGUACUGGAGGACUUCCUGAGGACAGACUGCGUUAAUUCAUCCCUGGAUGUCUUCCUGAAGAAAGCCAUGGAUAAAUGCUUUUACAGUAGAAAUGGCUACCUGGACCUGUUUAUCCGCUUCAUUCAUGGCCUCUCUCUGGAGUCCAACCAGAGACUCUUAGGAGGCUUGCUGGGUCAGACAGACAACAGUCCAGAAAUCAUCCAGAGAGCCAUCAACAACCUGAAGGAGAUGAACACUUAUGAGAUCUCUCCUGACAGAAGCAUCAACGUCUUCCACUGUCUGACGGAGAUGAAUGACCACUCAGUCCAUCAUGAGAUCCAAGAGUUCCUGAAGUCAGAGAACAGAUCAGAGAAGGAACUCUCUGAGAUCCAGUGCUCAGCUCUGGCCUAUAUGCUGCAGAUGUCAGAGGAGGUUCUGAAUGAGUUGGACCUGCAGAAGUACAACACAUCAGAGGAGGGACGGCGUAGACUGAUUCCAGCUGUAAGGAACUGCAGAAAGGCUCUACUUACUGACUGUCUACUCUCAGAGCCUCACUGUGAAAUUGUGGCCUCUGCGCUAAUCUACCCCUCCCAUCUGAGGGAGCUGGACCUGAGUGACAACAACUACCUAGAUGAUUCAGUAGUGAAGCUGUCUUCUGGACUGGAGAGUCCAAACUGUAGGCUGGAGACUCUGAGAUUGAGUUUCUGCAGUUUGUCAGAGAUCAGCUGUGCUUCUCUGGCCUCGUCUCUGAAGUCAAAUCCCUCCUAUUUGAAAGAGCUGGACCUGAGUGACAACAACAAUCUACUGGAUUCAGGAGUGAAGCUGCUGUGUAAUUUUCUGGAGAGUCCACACUGCAGACUGGAGACUCUGAGAUUGAGAAACUGCUGUUUGACAGAGAUCAGCUGUGCUUCUCUGGCCUCAGCGCUGAAGCCCAACCCCUUCCAUCUGAGUGAGCUGGACCUGAGUGAAAACUAUGAGCUGCUGGAUUCAGGAGUGAAGCUGCUGUGUGAUUUUCUGGAGAGUCCAAACUGUUCACUAAAGAUUCUGAGAUUGAGGUCAUGCAGUUUGUCAGAGAUCAGCUGUGCUUCUCUGGCCUCGGCUCUGAAGUCCAACCCCUCCCAUCUAAGAGAGCUUGACCUGAGUAACAACACACUACAGGAUUUACAAGUGCAGCUGCUCUCUGAUCUUGUGGCGAGUCCACACUGUAGACUGGAGACUCUGGGGAUCGUUGACAACUUGAUCACAGCUGAGAAUCAGCAAGAAUAUGACUCGGAUGUUGAAAUGGACGUGGAAACAAACCUUCCCGAGGAAGACAGAAAGCUUUAG